AUGGAAGGGAAAAAACUUGCGAUGGGAAUAUAAUUAUUAGAGCAUUUGACUGCUAUUUAUCACAACAUUUACAAUGAAGAAGACAAUGAGCAUGUUACAGAUUAUGAAAAUUUAAGUAGCAGAUUUUCUAAGAAGUAUGGAUCAUAACCUGAAUUCUUUAUCAGAGUACCAGGAUUACUUUAUUUAUUUGGAGAAGAUCCAGUAUAUGCUUAAUAUGAUUAAUGCAAUAUAGCUAUAGAAUAGGAUAUUGUUAUCGCUUAUAGCAAGAAUAAAUCCAACAAAGAUAUUAUCGUCAAUUCUCUUUCAUCUACUUCUUUUCCUGAGAAAAUUUUCAAUUUUGAAUCAAACUUCAUAGAUUAAGAUGAAUUGGGUAAUGUUGCAUUACUAGGUAUUAAGAGUGCUAUCGAGGAUUAAAAACAAGAAUCUCUUUGUGGUGUUAAAUGUAUGUUUAGCAAUAAGAUACCAGUUAAGUAGACUCUUCAUAGUAAAAAUGCCUUGGCUAUUGGAAUGUGUAUUAUGAUGCUUCAUGCAAAUAAAAUAAAUAUUGAUUGCAAAACUGUUCUUAAUAACUUUUAGAAAUACAAAAAGGUAGUGAAUGUGCCACCUAGCUUAAAUGAAUAAUAUUAAAAGAUGAUUCUUUUUGCCUAAAAAAAUGAAGGCUAUGUAGGAGAUACUUCAUAAUCAUUAUAGAUACCUAAAGGCUUUACAUUUAUUUUAGCAAAUUCAUUAACUCCAGAACCAAAAAUGUUAGUGGCAGCUAAAAGAAAAAAUAAAAGAAUAUGUGAGCAAAGAUUAGCUGUUCAUAUUAUGUUAAGUAAUAUGGAAAUACAAAACAGAGAAGGAUACUCCACUCUUUUAGAUAUACAGAAGCUACUUGAUUUUAAAGUAGAAGAUAUGCCUUCUUAUAUUCACAAAUACAUAGAAAAUAAAGCAUUUAAGAAAGAAGAAAUAGAAGCAAUAAUUGGUACUGAUAUGAUAAAUAUUAUGCAAGAUAUUCCCUACUCUAAUUAAGUUAUAGAAGGCAAUACAGAAUUCUUCCCCUACAAGAGAGCUAUUCAUAUUGUAAACGAAGCCAUAAAAGCUCAAAAAAUGAAAUAAAUUUGUAGUGAUUAGAGUUUAAAUGAUUAACAAAAAUGGGAACAGAUUUUCUAACUGUUCAAUGAGAGCUAAUAAAGUAUUAUUGAGAAUUUAGAAGCACAAUCUGAAGAAUGUUCAAAAUUGAUUAAAUUAAUGAAGGAAUUAGGGUGUAAAUCAACAAAAGUAAUAGGUGAUGGCUGGGGAGGUUCUGUGAUUGGCAUAGUAGAAGAAUCAAAGGCAGAUAAAAUAAUAGAGUUUAUCAUGGAUGGAUACUAUUCAAAUAAAGACAAUAAGCUAAUGGUAUCAGAUGAUUUAAACAAUUACGUAUUCAAAUCAUUGCCUAGCAGAGGUGCUUGUAUUUUAAACCCAGAAUAUGAAAUAUGGUUUUGA